AUGAACAAGAAUUCAAUAAAAGACAAAGUUACUAUCAAUGGUAGCGAGAAAAUGUUUAAUAUAGAUGCAGAUGAGGUAGAUAUCUUACACCCAUCAGUAAUUUCAUUUUCAGAAGAGGAAGGUCUUCAAAAUUCAAGUUUGACCUCAAAUAGACAGCCGCAAACACCUACGCGAGCAAUGAAUAGCAUAAUAGAAGAGGAAGACAGUCCGGAUGUAACGUGUAGCACUGUUGAAGAUGCCUCAGAUUUAUAUGCUAGCGUUCCUGGAUCGCAACAAGGCAAACGGCUUUCAUUUUAUUCCAAUAAAGAAAGUAACAACUCAUCUACUUCAUUGAUAAUGAAUAAGGGCUUUAUAUUUGGAGGCGAUUCAGUCUUUUCAAGUGCUAACCAGACUACUGUAGAUGAAAAUUUUGUGCCUUAUCAAGUAGGCCAAGGGUAUUCUGGUAGUGCUAGUAAGCGAAAUUCUCAGUCUCUAAAGUAUGUGCCCAUACCGAAACUUCCUCCAGUUAACAGAACUAGAUCUCCAAAUAGAAACACAAGAUCACCAUCACCUGAACGAAUUGCAACUCGCGGUAACAAACCUUCAGGAAAGAGUGAUGGGGGCCCAUUUAAUUUCUCGUCAUCAUCACUACAACCACCACAAUCAGGAUCGCGUACAUUGUUCCGUAAGGGACAUCGGUAUAAGCACUCAUCGGUAUCAAUGAACUUCUUUCAAGAACCAGAAGUGAAAGUUCCUUUGAAUAUUGCAAAAUCGCUACCUGUGCCAGAUUUUUCAGAUCUAAAAUUGAAUUUUACAUGGCCAACCCACCAUAUACAAUUGGGUUUAGUUGUGCUACAGGCGCUAUCUUGCCUUACAGUAUUUCAUUUCGGUCAAUCUAAUACUUGGACGAAUUUCUUUACACUAUCGCAUUUCAUCCUGUACGAUAUAUUGGGCUCAUUGGCUGUCGUGUUUAUCGAUCUGUUAUCUUACUUCGAGGUAUGGGGCACAAGUACGAUAAGAUACCCAUUUGGUUUGAAACGUAUUGAUGUAUUGAUUUCUUUUGGAUUUGCCAUCUCUAUGUGCUUUGUUGGUUUAGAUUUGGUAUUUCAUGUUGUGGAGGAGAUAGUUGUUUUAUUCGUUGAAAGUAGUAACCAUGAACAACAUGUUGACCUUGUUGAAAAUAUCCCACAUUCUCACAAUUCGAGCAUUACAGAUAGUGAUAUGUUACUCUGGUAUUCUGUAUUAUGUGCUUCGGCAGUUAUUUCUACUGCUACUCUGUGGUUUACGUUUUAUUCCAAGAACAAUAUUGAUAAUAAGUACAAAACAAAGACACCUUUUAUUACCUUGCUGUAUACCAGUUAUCUUAUGAUGUAUCCAAUAAUAGCAGGGUUUACAAGGUUUACAGAUUUUGUUGCUACAAUUAGUAUUGCCCUUUUUAUUAUUUAUUACGGCCUAAAAGUGGUAAAAUGGACUGGAACAAUGCUUCUUAUGGGUUUUCCUGUAACUUCGCUUGAAUCACAGGGUGGUAUGUUCCUGGCAGACAAAGAUUUUGUAAAGCCAGCGAAAGCUGAGGAUUCUGGCGCCGUGAUUGAGGAAGAUUAUGUUCCAGAAAUGCAUAUGCGUUCUAAGAUGUUCUUUGACCAAGAAUACGAACCUACCAUAGUGAAAGCAAAGUUAGGGGAAAAGAUAGAACAGUUAAAUGCAUUCAAGUCUAAUUGCACGUUCAAAUAUACUGAUUUGAUAAUUUCUAAUGUCAACUUCAACUUCUAUAUUGUUCUAAUGAGACUCAAUAUGAAAGGCGGUUCAAACGAGGAAGAAUUGGCACUAAGAUUGGAAAUCGAUAAAUGUGUUAGGACGUUUUUUCAAAAUGUGGAAACGACUCUUGAAAUAGAGCGUUUAUAA